AUGAGUCUCUAUUUUACGUUGCUUUUUGCUCUGCUAACAACACAGAUGGCUAUUUUAUUUGUCCUGGUCCUACCAUUGCCAAAUAAGAUGAGAAAGAUGUGUUACAACAUGUGGGAAAUUGCGUCAAUGAAACAGGAAUUCAAAGUGAUCAUUGUGAUGUUAAAUAUUCUGGUUGGUUUACUAUUUGUGGAUUCGUGGAAGAGGGCUCAUGUACCAAUUCGUCAUAAGGGGGUCAAUGAUUUGGAUUCCACUCUAUCCAUGCAAGGUCUAGCAUCUAGAGCUUACAAUCAAAGAAACGUUUAUAUUUCUGGAUUCAUAUUGUAUUUCAUGGCGGGCAUUCCAACUGUCUUGAGCAUAGUAAGGAGACUAAUCAAAUAUCAGGAUUUAAUCAAUGAAAAAACCAAGAAAGGCUCAAGUAAAGAAGCAGCUCUUGUCUCUGAUGAUAAAGAAAUUGCCAAAUUACAAGAAGAAUUGAGAAAGAAAGAUGUCUCUUUAGAAGGUUUGAAGAAACAAAUUGAAAAUUUGGAAAAUUUCUACGAUGAAUCAAAUAAACCAAAGGCUGUAACAAAUGAAGAGAUUAAACAAUCAAAGAGAAAUCAGUAA